AUGCCACGCCUGAACGUCGUUGCCCUCAUCUCUGGCGGCAAAGAUUCUUUCUUCUCAAUCCUUCACUGCCAGGCGAAUGGUCACAAGGUAGUAGCGCUCGCAAAUUUGCAUCCACCGGUCCAUGAUCAAAACGAGCAAACAGAGGAUUUGGAAAGCUUCAUGUACCAGACCAUUGGACACAAGGUGAUACCAUGCUACGAACACGCGCUCGGCCUUCCACUUUAUCGACAGGAAAUCGAUGGCGGAGCAAAAUACAAGAGCAAAGAUUACGCCGCCGAUUACAGCCAAGACGAGACUGAGUCCCUCGUUCCGCUAUUGCAGAAAGUUAUCGCCGCGCAUCCCGAAGUAAAUGGUGUCAGUACUGGGGCCAUUCUGUCGGAUUAUCAGAGGACGCGUGUCGAAUCUGUGGCGCUUCGCCUGCGUCUCACGCCUCUCUCAUACCUAUGGCAGUGGCCGUUCUUGCCACCCGGCUCGCAAAGCUCGCUCCUCGAGGACAUGGCGGCAGUCGGACAAGAUGCUAGAAUCAUCAAAGUCGCAUCGGGCGGACUUGACGAAACCUUUCUCUGGCAAAACGUCGCUGACCCACGUACUAUUGCGCGCUUAAAGAAGGCUUCUCAAAGAUUUGGCUCUGCAGAUGACGGCGCUGUUCUUGGAGAAGGCGGCGAGUACGAAACUCUUGCAAUAGCCGGUCCUCCUCCGCUCUGGAAGGCAAGCGUGAACACUGGCAACAUUCUGGAGCAAUGCCAUGACGAAGACAGCUCCGUCAAGCUCUUCGAGAACAUCACUGGGGCAGGCGCGACUCCAGAAGAGCAAACACGAUCAAUUAUGGAACGAAUCAGAGCAGAGCUGCCGGGUGACAUGUCUGAGACUACUUAUUCAAUCAUUGUCCUUCGCAAUAUGUCUGACUUUGCCGCUGUCAAUGCGGUCUAUGGUGGCUAUUUCACAAGACCGAAUCCUCCUGCCCGACUUACGAUUGCGUGUGCGGACGUAUUGCCCGCCGAAGCUCUAUUAUCCAUCAGUAUCGCUGUAGCUCCUGGCCGAAGACAAGGCUUGCACGUUCAGUCCCGCUCCUAUUGGGCACCGGCCAACAUUGGACCAUACUCUCAAGCCAUCAAGCAGACUAUGCAAGAUGGAGAUGGUGCAAGCCGGGAGUCAGUUUACAUCGCAGGUCAGAUCCCGCUUGUACCAGCAAGUAUGGUGCUUCCCUUGGAACACGACACCGACAGCUUCAUUCUACAGAGCGUGCUUGCUUUGCAGCACCUGGACCGUAUCGGGCGUGUAAUGCACGUCAAGCGUUGGACCUUUGGAAUCGCAUUCCUUGCCUCCGAGGGCAUUAGCCACAACAUUUUGUCAAACAGGGCAGACACCGCGCAGCGGGCAUGGGCUGGCUAUCAGCGGAAACUCAAUACGAGUACGACCGAUGUCGACGAAUCUGAAGAUGAGAGCUUCGAUGUCUGGCAUCUCACUCAUGGCUCAGGGAAACCUUGGCAAUCUCGUAUGCAUACUAAUCCACCAGAAGGAAUCAGGGCCGAUCAGGGAUCUGCUGGCGUGAUGCCGCCUUUGCUGGUGAUUACAGCCGACUGUCUUCCGCUUAACUCUGAUAUUGAGUGGAUCGGCUUCGGAAGCAGUCAUGCGACCGACGACAUGGGUGUUCCAUCUCAUCUUCGAGGUCUUGUGAAGAUCUUUCGACAUCGGGUCUUGCCGACAAGUACGAAUACGUAG